UGAUAAAUUUAGUAGUAAAAAUAUCAUAACUCAACCAAAAAAAACACUCAAUUUAAAAUACAUAAAACAAAUUUUUCCAAAGACAUUUAGCCAAUUCAAGACACAUUCCCACUCUUCUCCCCAAUUUCCUCUCUGCAUUUGCUCAAGUUGUACGAAAAUGUCCGUACCGUCAAUUUAAUUAGCAACUCCUGUAAUCUCCCUCAAUAAUCUCAAACCAGUCGCCAUUUAUGUUUACCACUUCAGUAUUAUUCCCCAAAACUAUGAUUAAGAACAAUCAGGUCACAGCUCCAGCAAUGUCAGCAGCAGGUGUAGUUAAGUUCGGGUUUGCGAAGAACACUUCAAUUACACCUUUACUGGGAAUCGAAUCCUCCUCAUCACUUCGACGAAGACGACUACAUUGUUGUUGUUGUUUCGGUAAUGUUCCUCUGACAAUCAGUAGCAGUAGCAGCAACAAAAUUGUUAAUAAUGAUGAUGAGCAUCAAUUAGUAGUUGAAAUUAGAGAAGAAGAGGGGAAUUCGCAGAAGCUAGGGUUUGUUAAAAUGAUGAGGGAAGCUCGGCCGUACUUGGAUGCAUAUAGAGGUUCUACCUUUGUUGUUAUCGUCUCUGGUUUCGUUGUGGAUUCUCCAAUUCUUCUCCACCCUGUCCUUGAGGACAUUUCUCUACUCCAUGGAUUAGGGAUCAAAUUUGUGAUUGUUCCUGGUACCCAUGUGCACAUUGAUAAGCUUUUGGCUGAGAGAGGAAGCAAGGCUAGGUAUGUUGGGCCAUAUAGAAUUACCGACUCUGAUUCCCUUGAGGCAGCUAUGGAAGCAGCUGGAAGAACACGUAUAAUGAUAGAAGCAAAACUUGCUGCUGGACCUUCUUUGUGUAAUAUACGCAGACAUGGGGAAAACAGUCGAUGGCAUGAUGUUGGUGUAAGUGUUGCGAGUGGAAACUUUCUGGCAGCCAAGAGAAGAGGAGUUGUGAAGGGUAUUGAUUACGGGGCAACUGGAGAAGUCAAGAAAGUAGAUGUUGCUCGCAUACGUGAGAGGCUUGAUGCAGGGUGUAUAGUGCAACUAAGUAAUUUGGGUUAUUCCAGCUCUGGAGAAGUGCUAAAUUGCAAUACGUAUGAGGUCGCUACUGCUUGUGCCUUGGCUCUUAAUGCCGAGAAGCUUAUUUGCAUAAUUGAUGGGCCUAUUUUGGAUGACUCUGGACGUCUUAUUCGCUACCUUAGCCUUCACGACGCAGACAAGCUUAUUCGUCAACGAGCUAAGCAAAGUGAGGUUGCUGCUAACUAUGUGGAGGCUGUUAGUCAGGAAGAUCUCAAAACCCAGGAGCAGUAUCAACUUACUGAUACCAUCCCAUCACUGUUGAAUGGGGAUACUAAUGCAACAUUUCAGAAUGGUCUUGGUUUUGACAAUGGAAAUGGGUUAUGGUAUGGCGAACAGGGUUUUGCUAUAGGUGGUCAAGAGAGACUCAGUAGGCUAAAUGGUUACCUUUCAGAAUUGGCUGCUGCAGCUUUUGUAUGCAAAGGUGGUGUCCAAAGAGUUCAUCUAUUGGAUGGGACAACUGGUGGAGUUCUUUUGUUAGAAUUGUUCCAGAGAGAUGGAGUGGGGACAAUGGUAGCAAGUGAUGUUUAUGAGGGAACACGUAUGGCUAGGGAGGCUGACCUUGAUGGAAUAAGACAGUUACUCCAACCUUUAGAAGAGUCUGGGACAUUGAUUCGGCGGACUGAUGAAGAGUUACUUGCCGCAAUUAAUUCGUUCAUCGUUGUGGAAAGAGAAGGUCAGAUAAUUGCUUGUUCUGCCCUAUAUCCAUUCUUUGAGGACAGGUGUGGGGAAGUUGCUGCCAUCGCUGUUUCUCCUGAAUGCCGAGGACAAGGACAGGGUGACAAACUACUAGAUUAUAUUGAGAAGAAAGCAUCUUCCCUUGGAUUAGAAAUGCUUUUUCUACUAACUACACGCACCGCAGACUGGUUUGUGAGGCGUGGAUUUUCAGAGUGCACCAUUGAUUGCUUACCAGAAAAAAGAAGGAGAAGGAUCAACUUAUCCCGCAACUCCAAAUACUACAUGAAAAGGUUGGUUCCAGACAGGAGUGGGAUAGCUGUUAGGUGAUACUAAAAGGGUUGUAUCUUCCUUGUUAGUGAUGCUUCUGAAGAUGCAAGUUUGGACUAACUUCCUCAAAGGUAGUUCAAGUGCAAUUUUGUAGAACAGAUCAGAUUUAAGUACGCGGUCUAUCCUGCAUAAUGCAGGGUUUUUUUUAUCAGCUUUAAUUCUGCUGAUGAUGACGACGAUGAUGAUGAUGAAGAUGAUGAUGUGAAUAAGAGUAUUUGUACAUGUGAAGAUGCUAUGUAGUUAGACUUGUGCAUAUAAGGUUUUAUACUUGGAUGGAAUUGAAUAAAUCUCCACAAGUGUAUUUGGAGGACUUGCUUGUAAACCCUUGAGAAAAGACCCUCUUUUGUUUUCUUAACAAUGUUAUGAAUGCAAAACAUGGUCUUUUGAAAGAACUUUGAUUCAGAGAGUAGUGCUGUGACUUGUGGUGAUUGUGGGGAAAAAAAAUCAAUAAAACACAAAAAGAUUCCCAUUG